GCUAAAGAUGACGUAUCCGUGAAGACGGUGAAUCGCAUCUAAACGAUUUCGUGGAAAAACAUUAUACAGUAAUUUUCCUGUAAAAAUGGCUCGGUGGAAUGUCUUACAUUUUCUAUGUUUACUAUAUCUUGCAAACAAUUGCGUGAAUUAUGGCUCGUGUAUGCACGACGACCAUUAUGUUGAAUAUGGUUUGGGGACACAAAAAUUUUGUCAUGUCUUGGGUAAAACGUUCACCACUGACAUUAAAAGUGGUGCGGCAAUAGUUAUGUCGAAACACAUAUUUGAACAAUGGAUGGUUCGAACUAAUCUUCAUUGUAAGUUUACAUUUAAAACAGCUAAAGGAGAUGGACUGUUUGGUGUGAUUCAAAAAAUGUCUUUCAGACGAAAUAAAACACAGUGUUUAGAUUAUGUACAAUUUAAAAGGAAGGAUCAUCAUCAGACAGAGAAGUUUUGUGGUUCCAUUGAUCGCAGUAAAGUAAAAUACUAUGUAGUUCCUGAACCAGAAGAUAGUGUGUAUUCAUCUGAAUCACCAUCAUUAGCAAGGACAUAUGCUGAAUAUGAUCCAAUCAAUCAUAAAUCUGCUGCAGAACUAGAGACUGAAAUAUUUAUUUCAAAAGAAAAAUUAAAAGAGGGGGAAUUUCUUGCUCUUAGCAUUGCUUAUACUUCUUUUACAAACUGCAGUCAUGUAGAUAGAGAAAAAUAUACAUCAAUUGGCUACCAAACUUGUAUGUUGAAUGAAUUCUUUUGUGAUGGAAUUUAUAAUUGUGCACCAGGUGUUUGUUUUGAUGAAGAUACUUGUCCAAACAAUACCAAUGCAAUCAUCAGCACUGGUACUGGUACAAAAGUAACAGUGGGUGCAGUGACUACUUUAAUUUUAUGUUUCAUCAUAUUUAUGAUGUGCCUAUGGAUAUGCAAAAGAUCACAAAAAUUAUGCUGGUCCAUGGACUGCGCUGAUCCGAAUUCGAGACCAUGGCAAGUGCAUGCUUCUUAUAUGGAAGGACCUGCCACUCCUGUAGUUCCCUCGGCACCGAUGUUAGAAGUGGCUGUUCCUUCAUCUGUCGCUGAUAAAGAUUUGCCACCUAGUUAUGAUUCACUAUUUCCAGAACAAAGUAAUCCUGUUAGAUCAUAA